GUGUCUUCUAUCGAUUUGUGAGCGAACCCGUCGUCCCGCGUCCUCUUCCCCAAACUCAAUCCAGUCUCCGCCUCCCCGCCCAGCGAGAACAGGGUCGCCGCGGCGAUGAUAGUUGCUACUGUCGUGGCCCCUUCGCUGGCCGGUUCUGCCUUUCCGAGGCCCGCUGCGGCCUUCCUCCGCACGCGUCUCCUUUCUCCUGGAGACGCGCUGCCGGGCUCUGCUCCUCGACAGGCUAGCGGCUGCCGCGUCGCGCGCGGCGGCGGCGCACGGAGGCCGCAAAUCUCAUUCGCAGCGGGAGGAGGCGCAGUUGGUGAUGCUUUUGUUGUAGAAGGCACAACAAAUGUGAAGUUCUCUAGAGAGUUAAUGGUUCCAGGCUCCACAGAGCCUUUGAUCGUACUUGGCACAGGUUACAGAGAUAAGUUCUUUGUCAAAGUAUAUGCUGCUGCAUUCUACGUGGAUUACUCCAUUGGAGUUGAUACCGAGCAGUGGAGGAAAAAGGUUGGCAUUGAGACUUUUGAUGCUUCCACGGUUUUUGACUCCAUUUUUAAAGCACCAGUUGUGAAAUCUCUGAGUAUAACUCUUGUUAGAGAUGUUGAUGGCAAGACCUUCGUGAAGGCUUUGGAUGACGUUAUUGCUCGCCAAAUAAAAAAACCAACUGCUGAGGAAGAAUCUUCAUUGUCAACCUUCCGAAAUAUCUUUUUAGGGCGCAAUCUCAAACAGGGAACAAGCAUCUAUUUAACCUGGUCGGAACCAUCAGUGAUGCUGGUCUCGAUUUCGACAAAUCAGGAUGCGUCUCAAGUUGAUGCUGAGAUCAAGUCAGCUUCUGUUAAUUAUGCUCUAUAUGAUGGCUUCUUUGGUAGUUCUCCUGUAUCCCCUACACUGAGAUCUUCCACUGCUCAACUGCUUGAAGCUCUCCUUACAAAAUGACACGCAAAGUAAGAUUGUUUAUGGUUCCAGAAGACAAAGUACAGAGAAUAUUAGUUCUCUUGGUAUUGCAUCUCAUAUAUUCGAACUGGCAGUGCAUAUCUGUGUUACACUUCUGAGAUUUUCUUUAGAAUGUUUGGGUGUCUUCGUU